AUGGCUCUCACACGGGCACAGAAAUAUCUAGAAGCUCCUCGACUUCCUGUUGAGUUGCUCACAGAGAUCGCGAAGCUGGCUCCAAAGUCAUCUCUGUGGGCAUUGUGCCGUACGAGUCGUGUAUUUCACGAGCUCACGGUCCGCGAAUUGUACCGGUACGUCACGAUACACUGCACGGGCGUGAACGACGCAGACACAAAAGAUCUUGUUUGCCGAGCCCAGAAAUGGUGUCAGACCGUCAUGGAUAAGCCAGACAAGGCGGCUUUUGUCGAAAGCGUCACUAUUUCAGAGCUUCCCAGUGACUUAAUAGAGUAUGAUCCUGCCCAGGCAUUUGAGCUCAUUGCGCUUCUUAAACGCGCGUUCAAGAUUCUUCCGAACCUCGAGUCACUCGACGUCGACUGUUCACUAAAUCCGCUCUCGGGGUCGCUCGGAAUUCUGGACGCUCUCCGUGUGCCCUCCCUCCGUACCUUCAGAAUCGAGAUGGACUCCGAUAACGAUCCUACCCUCAUCGACUUCCUUUCCAAGCACCCUCGUCUUAAAAAUAUCGAGCUCAUGAUCGACGGAUUCGACGACGCAGAGCUGGAGGAGGAGCUUACCCUCCCCGAGCUCGAACGAUUCACUGCCCCUUUCACGUACUGGGAGGCCUUACGACCCAACCCAAACUUACGUUUUGCAGGCGUGCAUCAGGAUCGUUUCAGGGAUCUUGAUUACAACCCUUUCGAUGUUAUGCACCCCUUGGGGAAAUUCACGGGAGUUAAGUCGGUCUGGAUCUUGAUUCCGUCAGAAAGCACACUUCCGUAUCUCAACGAUCUGAAGGAGGAGCUACCGAUGCUCGAGCAGUUGAGCGUCGAAUUUUCGAAUUGGAACGAUCGUGGUGAAGCUGUUACUACCAGCUUAUCGGUGGCAACUUGUCUCGCCCACUUCAAAUCCCUUAAGUAUGUUUCUGUCGAGGCGGACAAUUGGAAUCACAAGAUCACGCAGAACACUGCGAUGACCUUGGCCGAAGAGUCAAGUAAACACUGUGAUACGCUUCUGCGAGCUCGGUUCGGUCAGUGGAACUUGAAAAGAGAUAGGCCGUCAGGCAUGUGGAGGAUAGUUUGAUUGAUCGCGCUGG